AUGAAACUUUUGGUAUUACUCGUGUUGCCAUUGGCGUUAGUGCACGCUGGAGGGGAUCAUGAUGGCAGUGAUGCAGUCAUUACGAACCAAAAACAGGUGAACGAACAGAGUGUCAACCAGGUGCCGGGUACGAAGAAAGAGAAGAGAGGUAUUUUCGGCUUCGGUGCGUAUGCUCCGGCGGCUCCGGUCUAUGGACAUGCCUUUGCACAUCCGUCCCACCAUCAUUUUCUACCCCCGGCCGACCCUCUGGUUCCUGCUGCUUUUGCUGCUCCAGCACUUCCCGCCCUAGCUGGACCGUACCUGGGAGCGCAUGCCCACACACACACGGUGGUCACAAAGAAGGUCGGUAUUCCGAUUCCCGCCCCGUAUGCGGUGCCUGUUGAAAAACCGUACCCCGUGCCGGUUAAGGUCCAUGUACCGGUUCCGGUAGAUCGUCCUUAUCCGGUAGCUGUCCCACGACCAUAUGCCGUCCCGGUAGAACGGCCUUAUCCUGUCCCGGUAGAUCGUCCGUACCCGGUCGCCGUUCCUCAUCCGGUGCCAGUGCCGGUGAUCAAGCAUGUUGGCUAUCCUGUCCCUGCUCCCGUACCUUUUGCCGUUCCUAAGCCCGUACCCGUUCCCGUGCAUACACCAGUUGUUGUUGAGAAACCCGUACUGGCAGCGGUUGGCCCGGACCCAUGGGCCACAGCAAAACUGUGGUAA